AUGGAGGAGUUUCAGUCCUACUUCACGGAUGGCAUUCUGAGCAAGGAGCAGAUGCAGGAGCUGUACUUUUCCAUCGACCGGCAGCGCUCCGACAAUCUGGAUAUUGAUCAGCUCUCAGAGUACUUCAGUCCACACCUGGGGGAGUACGUCAACGUCCUCUCGGCUCUGGAGAAGCUCAACGUGGCCAUUCUGAAAGCCAUGGACAAAACUAAAGAGUUCGCCUACAGAGCCAACAGAUCUGUAGACGACGCCAUUAACCUGGCCCUCCACCACAUCCUACAGCACCUGGACUCCCCGGGGACCUACGCCAGGGUCCUGUUCGUGGACUUCAGCUCUGCCUUCAACACAAUCCUGCCACCCCUGCUCCAGGACAAGCUCUCCCAGCUCAACGUGCCCGAUUCCACCUGCAGCCACGACUCCGUGAAGCUGAUCAAGUUCGCGGACGACACCACCCUCAUUGGACUCAUCUCCAACAACGAUGAGUCCGCCUACAGGAGGGAGGUGGACCGGCUGGUGUCCUGGUGCAGUGGUAACAACCUGGAGCUGAACGCCCAGAAGACAGUGGAGAUGAUUGUGGACUUCAGGAAGAGCACUGUCCCCCCGCCCCCACCCUCCGUGAUGGACUCCCCCAUCACCUCUGUGGAGUCCUUCCGUUUCCUGGGCACCACCAUCACCCAGGACCUCAAGUGGGAGCCGACCAUCAGCUCCCUCAUCAAGAAGGCCCAGCAGAGGAUGUACUUCCUGCGGCAGCUCAGGAAAGCCAAGCUGCCUGCACAGAUGUUGGUGCAGUUCUACACGGCCAUCAUCGAGUCCAUCCUCACCUCCUCCAUCACCGUGUGGUUCGCUGGAGCCACAGUCAGGGACAAACAGAGACUACAGCGCAUUGUGCGCUCUGCAGAGGAAGUGAUCGGCCGCAGCCUUCCAUCGCUGCAGGACCUGAGGAAGAAGAGGAGGAGGAUGGAGCUCGCGCUGCUGAUGACGCUGCGUCCUCCGCCAGCCACGACCAGCGCGCAGACCCCGCCUCUGAUCCACACACACGUGCUGGACGCCCGCACUGCGCCCCCUGCUGGAGCACAGUAG